AUGGCCAAAAACAAUACGAACAACCAAGACAAGGAAGCAUUACCUUCAAGCCCUACAACAUCCACAACAACCACGACAUCAUCAGCCCCUACAAUGUCCGGAACCAAAUCAAAUUCUCAAUUACCUCAACCGCCAUCAUCAUCGGCCAAGUCUUCUCUCAAAGAAACGUUGAAAACGAUCGGAAUUUCAGUGGGAGUCUCGGUUUUGAUGAUUACCUUGUAUCAUCAGUUUUAUAUGAGUAAAACUGUGGAGGAUGUUGAGAAUGUUCGGAGCUAUAUUGCUAAAAUUAAGGCUCCGUUGAAUACCAUUUUGGAAAAGACCAAGUCGAUUGGUGUUUCUUCCUUGUUUCAGAAAACCAAAUAA